GUGGGCAAAAGCCCGCGUCCUCCUAAGGGAGGUGACACAGGCCAGCCGGUCGUGCAACACCUAUUCAAGCCCGGCAGACCGCCCCGCGCUGCUGCGUGACUGUGAUCGGGUCCGCCGAGAAGAGCCCUGGGAUACCGAUCGUGUCCGUCUUCGCUCUGGCAACUUGCUAUUUGCAUCCUGCCCGGCGGCGCCCCGCCUGAGCGCUGCCGUCCUCGCAGACAUCCACUUCAAUAUCCCACCGCACGGCCUUGCGCUUAGCAGGGCGUCCGGGCAUGCCAUCUCCUCCGAUGCGGAAGCUCAAAACGAAGCCGCCGCAAGCGACAUCCGAGACCUUCACGACCUUAUCACCCAUCACGUCGAGCUGGAAACGACGCCCUCUGCCGCACGCGAGCCCCACGGUCGGAAGGUCCCCGACAUCUCCUUUUGCUAUGGCGAGAAUACCCACGCGCCCUUCGUGGCCGAGAUCGGGUACAGCCAAAAGAGCCAGGACCUCGCGAGUCUCGCGAGGAGCUACAUCCUCAAAUCCGGCGGUGCCAUUCGGACAGUAUUGACAGUUGACCUUGAACACCAAGAGCGGACGCAGCGCAAGCGCAAGGACGGGAAUGCCGACGGGCAAAAACCACGGGCGGCAUCAAGCGUCUGUCUGUACAGGCUGGGAAAACGCGUCCUGUGGGACGCCGUCUUCCGGGACGAGGAGGGCGUGGAACAGGCAGGCGAGCUGGACCUAUGUCUUUCAGACUUUGUACCCGAGGGCAGCGAAAGACGAAUAGGACGACAGGCGCUGGAGACAACCCCUAUCACCGUGCCCUUUCAUCAGCUUGCUGAGCUGCUUCGCAAAGGCGAGAGGCGCCAGGUGGCACAUGACAAGACGCCGGAGCCAGAAGGGAACCGGAGAGCUCAAAACAGGGCACGGAAGAGGAAGCAGGUGACAUUCGACUGGGACCUGCCCCCAAGCCCAGAACACGACACAGAGAGCCCAGAAAUGAGCCCGGAUGGACAGCAGUCAUCUAAAAGGCGGCGGCUAGCACGGGCUUCAGGCAGAUGCUCGGCGUCCCUCGCGCAAAGGCCGGCUGGGCCGGCGGAAACAUGGAUUUUGCGUGGCGUACGCGGGACAGCACAAACGACCGAGGGGCGGGGCCGGUUCAUUGCUGCCACAGACAUGGUCGACUCUGGAAUCAGGCAGUCUAUCGCCUUCGAGAUCAUAGGUGGCAAAAGAUAUGUUCUCUCCAACUAG